GUGUGUUGGAAUUGCACCGUCACAUGCAGUUGCUGGGAGUCAGUUACAGGCGGUUUGUUAUUGACUUUCCGCCCCCGGGAGGGGCCUGAGCCCUGGCGUCUCUGCUUUCCCCCCCCCCACCCCCCCAGGUGCUCUCCGGGGCAGGGUUCGAGGCAGGCGGAACCCGCCCCCCCCCCACCUUCCUGCUUCUGCUGCGACGCGGAAGCCGGACGCCAGAGUCUGCCUGGAGCCCUCACCCGCUGCCAUGGCCCUGCCAGCCCCCCUGCUCCUGCUGGCCGCCCUCGCCCUGCGCGGGGCCCACGGGGAGAUACCCACCGUCCGCCUGAUUGACCAAGAGGGCCCGAUCCUGGAGGGCAGCUACGUGACCCUGGAGUGUCUGACGGACGAGGCCGGAGCCGACAUGAGCCAAUUCACCUUCCAGAAAUACAGUCGGUGGCUCCACUCCUGGGUCUCGCUGGACAAUCCCGACCGGCUGCGCUGCUGGUUCUUCGACGUGAACGUGACGCGGGCGGACGGGCGCCUCCUGCUGGCCAUCGGGGCCCUGCAGUCCUGGCACGCCGGGGCCUAUCGCUGCGUGGCCGCCAACAGCACCGGCAACGCCUCCGCCUCCGCCUCCGCCGAGCUCAGCCUGCGCGUGGAGUAUCUGCGGAGCGUCUUCGUGACCCGGGCCCACACCUGGUGUGGGACCGUGGGUGACUCUGUGGCCGUGAUGGAGGGCGAGGACGUGGAGCUGCAGUGCUCGGCCGACGCCUCCCAGCCCCCCCAGUACGAGUGGAGCCGCCAGGGGGCUGACUGGGUGGUGGCGUCCAGCGUGCUGACCCUGCCCCACGUGAGCCGGGAGCAGGCCGGGACCUACGAGUGCCGGGCCCAGCACCCCAGCCUGCCCCACCUGGCGCGCAGCCGGGCCGUGCGGCUGGACGUGCAGGGGCCGCAGAGCAGCUACCAGCUGGAGCCAGGCCUGGGGCUGAGCACCCCUGUGCUGCUGCUGGCCGUGGGGCUGCCGGCCCUGCUGCUCCUGCUGCUGGUGCUGGGGCUCAGCGUCCUCGUCCUGCGGCGCCGCCAGGCUGCCAAGAUCCCGACCGGGGAGGAGCCCGGCCAGCGCACCCCCAUCUACAAAGGCAGCCUGGAGUCGGUCCCCUCGGUGGCGGGGGACCAGCAGCCCCUGGUGCUGUGAGAUGGGCCCUGCCCCCCCCCGGCACAGGCAGAACCGCACGGCUGUCACAGAUGAGCUUCAGCCACUUCUGUAAUCAGCUGGAGGGAGGGUUAUGGGGGGGCUUUCGGGGAGGAGGAAAUUAUUGGGGGCUCAGCUGCGUUUUCGGGGGGAGCUUAUUAUGGGGUGGUUUCUAUAGGCAGUUGAUGCAGAUACAGCCACUGUGGGGGGUGGGGAGAUACUCUGGAUGGGGGGGCUAGUAUUAUUUUGGGGGUGGGUUGGAUCUUGGGGUGCUGUUUGACCACUCCAGCUCCCCCCCCAGGUGGUCUCUUUUUGGGGCUCUGACUUAGGGGGCUGGGAGCUUGGUUUGGGGAAUAUCGGCAUUUGGGAGCCAACUCCCCGUUUUGUAAUGGGGGGGUUGUUCAUGGAACCCUCCCAAAAUGCAAACCUCCCGCCACCCCCAAAUUCACUCUGGGGGUCUCUGGACCGGUGACCCCUGCAAUCUCCAGAGGCCUGCCCCCCCCCGCCCCCCAGCUAAACGGAGUUAAUUUGCUUUGUUAAUGGGGAGACUGUAAUCAGUGUAGUGAGGGAGGGGUCCCCCUAAACUGGGACCCCCCAGUGCUGAUCCCUUGCAAUCUGCUCUUGCCCCUCUGCUUUCAUCUGCCAGGCAUGUAAGUCCGUGCGGGCCGGGGCCUAAGCGUUAUUUCGGGGGGGGGGGAGGGGGAUUUCUUAGGGCUAUUGCUUAAAAUCUGGGUAUUGUAGUUCUGUGGGAGGGGCCUGGCCCUUUAAGGGGGGGGCAUGGGCCAGCCCCCACCCCAACUUAAAUGGGAUUAAAAUGACACUUUAAAACUC